AUGACAAUGGAAAUCUCACAUCCACGGCGUAUUCUAGCUGUCAGCAGACCUGAUUCUAGUCUCGUUGACUUGCUGAAGGGUCUCACAGGUUCUGCGCCUGCUCUCACGGGGGAUUCAAUUGCAGGUACUACUCAUGACUGGUCUAUCAAAACCAACUACUACACUGCAAACGUUCCAAUAUGGAUUGAUGAAAUCAUUGAGCCUGAGACCUGGUCGAAGGAAUUUUUGGCACCAGAAGCUCGAGAAGUUUUGACAGUACUUGGCGCCUUUAUUGUAUGUUUCCGAAAGCCCGUUGAUGAAACUGAGCUGCAAGCUUUCAAGACUCUUCUGGAAACUGUGGCCGAGGUUGUCAAUGAAGGUUGUGGCUAUGCUUGGGAAGGUGUUUGUUUAGCUGUGGCGAUGCCACAGUCUACGACUCCGUACCUAGAAAAGAGCUUCGAAGAGUGGGAGGACUUGUGUCAGGAGCAUUGUUUUGAAUUUGUUGACUUUGAAAGCAAGGGUCGAAAUGAGUACUCAGAACCUAUGGGUCUCGACAGGUUGAAGGAAGCUUUAGAAGCCAAUGAAUGGGAACGCGGCGAUGACGACGGAGAAGGCUUUGAUCCGGGAGACCUCGAGGAUGACGGCGAUGAGGACAAAAGCAUGGGCUUUAGCAUCGAAGCUGCUGAGAUGGAAAUGGAGAUGUUUGGUAUGAAACAGGCAAUUCAUGGCGAGUCUACCGGAAAGACGAGCGCCAAUGAGGAAGUUGAGAACGAGGAUGGAGUAGAUCAGCUUGAAGCUUUGAUGUUGAAGAUGCAAGCGGUCAAAGACAUGGGUUCGGACUUGCCCGAAGCUGAGAGGAAGAGGUUUGCUGCGAAAGCCGUCAAUGAUCUAAUGAAAACUUUAUAA